AUGGUUAACGUUCCAAAGACCAGGCGAACCUUUUGCAAAAGUUCCAAGUGUAAAAAGCAUACACUCCAUAAGGUUUCCCAAUAUAAGGCCGGUAAAGCUGGACUUUAUACGCAGGGAAAAAGACGCUACGACAGGAAGCAGUCAGGUUACGGUGGUCAGACUAAGCCCAUCUUCCGAAAGAAAGCAAAGACUACUAAGAAGAUUGUUCUUCGUUUGGAGUGCACGGAAUGUAAAUAUAAGCAACAAUUGAGGAUCAAACGGUGCAAGCACUUCGAACUUGGUGGUGACAAGAAAAAGAAGGGACAAAUGAUCCAGUUCUAA